GUCUUUAUUAAAGGUUGAACGUGAAAUUGCCAUUAUGAAAUUAAUCGACCAUCCGCACGUUCUUGGCUUAAGCGAUGUGUACGAAAAUAAGAAAUAUUUAUACCUGAUACUGGAGCAUGUUUCUGGUGGCGAACUUUUCGAUUAUCUAGUUAAAAAGGGACGACUAACACCAAAGGAGGCGCGAAAGUUUUUUAGGCAAAUUAUAUCGGCACUGGACUUCUGCCACUCACAUUCGAUAUGCCAUCGCGACUUAAAGCCCGAGAAUCUGUUGCUGGAUGAGAAGAACAAUAUUAAAAUAGCAGAUUUUGGCAUGGCUUCUCUUCAACCAGCCGGCAGCAUGUUGGAAACAUCUUGCGGGUCUCCACACUACGCUUGCCCUGAAGUUAUACGCGUAAGUUUGCUUACACAAGAGACAAAACACGCACCAAGGACAGAUUAACAAAAAGACAGGC